CGCUGCUCACAUAAACAAACAUGGCGGACGGUGAAGCUGAAGCUCCGGUGUAUUUAGCUAUUAGCAACAUUCCUGUAGCUUUUCGCUCGGCGGACCUGAGAAACUACUUCAGCCAGUUCAUAGAAAGCGGCGGUUUUCACUGUUUUCACUACCGACACCGGCCGGAGGUUCUCAGGGAGUCCGAGGGGCCCGAAACCACCGUGUGUGGGAAACCAGGCGAAGAGGACAAACCGUCCAAAUCUACCGACACCGACGAGCUAACUAAAAACGGCUCCCAGUCGAAACAGCCGGUGAAAUCCUGCUGUUGUGUCGUCUCUGUUCAGGCUAAAGAUGCGGACAGGUUUGUGAGGAUGUAUGCGGGGAAUCACUGGAUUGAUUCCAAGGGAAACUGGCUGUCCAGACGUUGUGUUAUCAGGAGAGUUAAAGUUUCAGACAACAAAGAUGAUGGGUCAUUCCCAUACAAAACAAAGUAUGAGCAGCGGCACCGUGUUUCCUUAACAGAGUUUUUCACAGAGGCUGAUUUCAAAAGCUUAUCUGAGCUGAAUCCACCCGCUCUGAUGCAGAAUGGGAACGUGGGAACACCUGUGAAAGUGUUCCUCCAGCUUAUCCAGGCCUGCCGCCUUCCUCCACGCCUCAUUCGGAAGUUGGGCCUCACGUUCCCCAAGACCAGCUCCAACCGCCGUUACGGGAACGUACCUUUCCAGUACUACAACACUUGCACACUUCCAGCCACGGAAGAAACUGUAUUAACAGCUGCUGGACAUGAAAUAUCAGGACCUGGGUCUCUGCCUGCUUCAACUUCAGGAUCAAGAAUGCUGGUGGAUCACACAGAAACAACAGAGACUGAUGAGGCAGAGAAAGAAGAGCAAGAGGAGGAUGCACAGUCAAAUGCAGAUGAUGAUGAUGACUGCUGCGAGGAGUGGGAGCGGCAUGAGGCUUUGCAUGAAGACGUUACGAGCCAGGAGCGAAGCAAAGAGAGACUGUUUGAAGAAGAGAUUGAGCUGAAGUGGGAAAAAGGGGGCUCAGGCCUGGUUUUUUAUACCGAUGCUCAGUACUGGCAGGAGGAAGAAGGAGAUUUUGACGAACAAACAGCAGAUGACUGGGAUGUGGACAUGAGUGUUUACUAUGACAAAGAUGGAGGUGACAUGGAUGCUCGUGACUACGUCCGAAUGCGAUAUGAAAAGAGGCUGAGGGACGGUGUUGAAGAUGGCUCAGGACACAAUCAGUCUAUAGGCAGUUUUGAGAGAUACACUAAGGGUGUUGGCCGUCGUGUGAUGGAGAAGCAGGGCUGGAAGGAUGGUGAAGGACUGGGAAACAGUCAGGCUGGGAUUCCUGAAGCUCUUGAGAAUGAGGGCCAACAUCCCCGCUGCAAAAGAGGCUUUGGGUAUCAUGGAGAGAAAUUGGUACUGCAUCCUGUAAAAAAGGCUAGAACGGACUAUCAUAUAACCACUGUGUAUGAUAAACCCAAAGAUAUAGAUGGAGGUGACACCUUGUUGAGACGCCAACCAAACACCAGCAUGAAGUACAGAGGAUGGCAACCAGGUGGCAGCAUUGGGCCACGAAAAUGACUUUUCAAAUUUUUUUUGGUAUUUAUAAAAUAUACUGCAGUGUUUUCUUAUUGACUGAUUUUGAUAUUAAAACAUUUUUCAAACCAUGCAAA